AAAGAUUCUAUUGGGUUAAAAUAAUAAUUUACUGAUUUUCAUCUUACGGAUAUAAUUAAUCUCGAAUGAAUCAUAAAUAAUAUUUUUUGUUUUAACAUAAAAAUGAGUUCGAGUAAAACAAGAAAAAGAAAAGCGUUUGUGAAAGGUCCUGUGAUUGAAUCUGACAAUGAAACAACAGAGGUGUUGGUAUUACCUCCAAAAUUAUUAGAGAAAUUGGGUAUAUCUAUAGGUAAUAUUGAUGCAGGUCUAAAAGAUCAAAUAAAUUAUGGUGGUUCAGAUUUAAUCCUUCAUAAUGAACUUGACAACUCAGCUUUGUUUCAAAUGUCUUCACCAAAAACAAAUAAUGUUGAUCCAGAUACAUCUAUAAUGGAAACUGCGAACUUAAUGAAAGAGUCAGUUUUUCUUAGUCCCACCUUCUCUUCUUCAUCAGUUAGUGUUCCAUCUUAUAUUGGUGAUGACAUUGUUUCUAGUACAAGUUCAUUGGAUGAAAAUGGCAAAGACAAAAAAAUAGAUAUUGAAUUUGAAAAUAUUGAAAGCAAUUUUAUAAAUCAUGAAAUUGUUUCAUCAACUAAAGAAAAUGCAAAGGACUUGAUCAAUGAAAAUAAUGACAAGCAAAUAGCUAAAUCACAUGAUUUUGCUUUUAAAGACAAAAAUAAGGAUAUACAAAUUCUAAAUCAAGACAUUAUUACCAAUGGCAUAAAGAGCAAAAUAAGACCAAAUAACAAAAUUUGUGUAAUAUCUGAAGAGGUCAUUACUCCUUGUAACAUGAAGGAAUUAAAGACAUUUGAUAAAACAAGCAAUUCUACCCUGAUUCCAAUACCAAUUAAUUCAAUAAUAACAACAGAAAAAAUAAAGGAAAAAUCGAAAAAUAGCCAGAACAAAAACAAAUUUGAUUGCAACUCAAAACAACUAAACACUAAGUCUAUUCAAAAUAAUGAUAAUGUUGAGAAUAUUAAUAACAUAUCAAAAGAUAAUUCUACUAACACAGUGUCCAUAUCCUUAUCAGACAGUUUAAAUAAUAUUGUAAUUAACAACAAUUAUGAAAAUUCUAAUACUAAAAUGCUUAAUGGUGAGGUAGUAGAUAAAAAUACACCUGGAGGUGAUUUUAUUAAAACUCAAAAUCAUGGUAAUUCUGAAGAGGUUGAUUUUAAUUUAAAAAGUGAUUUGAUUUCUGAUAAAUUUAUAUCAUUUUCAAAAGAUGACUUAAAAAUUGAACAAAUAGCUGGGGAAAAUGGAAUAACUGCAGAAAAAGCACAUUGUACAGAAAUAAAUGGCAAUGAAAUGAUGUUACCCCCAGAGAAUAAGAAAAGUAACCAAGAAGAAUAUGUUCAAUCUAGUGAUAUGUUAAUUCUUAAUCCAAAAGAAAUGUUAGAUCAGACACAUCAUAAAGCAAAUAACGACAAAGAUGAUUCAUUUCAAAACAAUUUUAAUAAUUCUUUGAUCUUUAAAGAUUGUCCUUUAAAUAAGAAUAGAUGUGUCAUACAGUCCAAGUUGCAUAUUCAGGGAGUUGAAAAGCCUGGUGGUCAUGAUUUAGUGAAUAGAAACACCAUAGCAAUAAGAAAAAAUAAGGACAGUCUUCGGACAUAUACAAGAAAACCUCUAAAAAUUCAUGUGCCUUUGAGAGAAACAUAUAAUAAACCCCUCAUUCAAGACUUAAGCAGUGAUACAAUAGAAAUAAGUGAAAUGCUCAAUGAACAUGCAUUUUGUGUUUGUCAUGAUUUUGGACACUAUAGUUAUUAUGAUGAAAAGGAGACUUAUGAGCAUUUACAUUUCCUGACUGGUAAUAGUGUCCAAUGUUCUUCUGAUAUCAUAUUUAGCAUUUAUAGUGAUGACUAUAAAUUAAUUCCUGUUGAUGACCAACAAUUUGAAGAGAUUUUAGAAGGCUUUGGAGAAGAAAUUAAAGCUGAUGUGGCAAAUGAAGAUAGUAAAAUCUGUUAUAACUAUAUUUCACAUGAAUUUGAUAUGAAUAUGGAAAUACAAUCAAACAUUGAUAAUAAAUCCAAUAAGAUGAACCAAACAAUAUUAGAGGAUAAUAUGAAAGAUGAUAAUAUUACAACUGAUGAUAACCACACCAACAUUUCGACCUUAGUUAAUGAACCACAACCUGCAACAAUCACCACAGAUGCAAAGCGCCAACCUGCAUCAGACACCAUAAUAUUAUCUAAUGUCUGCACUCCAGAAUCAAUGGAUUCUGGCGAAAAAAGAAAAUUUGAAAUAGAAAUAGAAAUUGCUCCAAAUCCAUGUAACAUAGAAGAUGAUGAUUUACAAAAACCCAUCAUGACAAGAGGUAAAAGAAAGAGGCUUGAAUCGGAUCACACUCCUUUGAUUCAUUUGAAAAAAAAGCCGAAAGUCGUAAAUAGUAAAAACAAUGCCAACUAUGAUGAUAAAAUUUCGCAGGAAUGUCCUGAAACUCGACAAAGUGAUGUGAAUCAAUCAUUUUUGUCGGAUACAACAGAUGUUAAUCUUAAAAUUGAGAAAGAAGAACAAAAUGAUACAGUGAUUUGUGGAGUUUGCCAAUUGAAACUAAGAAAUAAUAUGUGGAUAGCACAUAUCUCUAGAGAACACAGUUAUUUGGCGUGGAGAGAAACUGAUACCCCAUUGGAUUUUUCAAAUGAAGAUGUUGUUUAUGACCACCUAAAUAAAAUAUUGAAUCAAUUGGGGCAUUUGAUUUGCGGUCGAUGUGGAAUUGAGCGUGAAAGUACGAAGAAAUAUCUUCGACAUGUGAACAAGUGCAGCGUAGUUCCUGGAGUCUGUUUUAUAGAUGUGCCGAGUGGUGCCCAUGUUGUAAAAUGUGGAGUUUGUCACAAGGAUGUCGCCGAUUUUAUCGGUCAUAUCGCAAAAGAGCACAAUUAUCUUGCAUGGAGGGAAGGAGAGCUUCCGAUUGAUUUCAAGGAUGAGAGAAUCGCUCGACAAUAUUUACAUUCCAUCGCGAAGCAAAUUGGAGGGUUGACUUGCGCAAAAUGUGGUUGUUGCCGAAAAUAUGUGAAAGCUUAUCUCGAUCAUAUUAAUACUUGUGAUGCUGAGAAGAGCAAUGAUGAACCUGGUGAAGUUGUAAAGUGUGGAGUUUGUCAAGAAGAAGUAAGUUACUGGUACACGCAUAUUGGUGAAAAACAUAAUUAUAUUGCUUGGGCUGAUGGCGAACCAGCUAUAAAUAUUAGUGAUGAUGAAUCCGUCCAAAAACAUUUAAAUGCCAUAGUAAAACAAAUAGGUGAACUUGUUUGUUCAAAAUGUGGGUACCAUCGAAAAAAUGUGAACUCAUACCUCAAUCACAUAAAAGUAUGCGAGGGUUUAAUGAAUACCACAUUGAAUAGCACUUUAGACAGUACCCUCGAUAGUACAAGAAAUACUGUUAAAUGUGGAGUAUGUGAUAAAGAAGUACGCGAAAAAAACUGGAUUAAACACAUUCAGCAAGAACAUAAUUAUAUUGCGUGGACGCAAGAUGGAGAACCUUUGGAUACAAAUGAUAAAGAAGCCGUUUAUGAUUAUUUGUACAAUAUCUCUAAAGAGUAUAACGGGCUUAUUUGUUCUAAAUGUGGAAUACGCCGCAAAUACGUUAAGUUAUAUCUAAGUCAUAUUAAAACAUGCACUGGAAGUAAUGAUAAUUCCAACAACUCUGAGGCCGAUGUUAGUAAUUUGGAUAGCAGCGUUGCGGAAGAUACGGCUUUAGAAAGUGGGCUCCUAGUUAAGUGUGGGGUGUGCCAAAAAGAAGUUACAAAUGGCAGUUGGCUCCGUCAUAUAGAAAAGGAACAUGACUACAUAGCGUGGAAGGAAAACGAAACACCUUUAAAUACGAACAACAAGAAUGAAGUUCACGAUUAUUUAUACAAUAUAACUAAACAAAAUAAUGGAUUGGUUUGCUCUCAAUGCGGCUGUCGGCGGAAAUACGUUAAAGCAUAUUUGGAUCAUAUUAAAGCCUGCAAGAACGAGCAUAGUGAUACUCCAAAUGAUUCUUUACUCAAUAGCAGUAAUGUGGAUGGAAAUUCUUCAAAUAGUUCAAUUAAGAAUGAAAGCAAGAAGUGUGGUGUUUGUCAGGAAGAGGUUGAAGAUGAUUUGUGGUUAAAUCAUAUAGAGGAAAAGCAUAAUUAUAUGGCUUGGAGAGAAAACGAACAGCCUUUAAAUUCAAGCGAUAAAGACGAAAUAUAUGAACAUUUAUACAAUAUUUCUAAACAAAAUAAUGGUCUACUUUGCCUUAAAUGUGGAUGUCGUCGUAAAUACGUGAAGUCCUAUUUGAGUCAUAUUAAAGGCUGCACUGGGAACCCUGAUUGUACUAAUGAUUCAAUAGCAGACACAAGUAAUUUAGAUCAAUCCAUAGUUGAUACAAAUGAUAAAGCUCCAGUGAAAUGUGGUGUGUGUCAGAAAGAAAUGGAAGGUGGUAACUGGGUGACACAUAUUAAAGAGGAACAUGAUUAUAUUGCAUGGAAAGAAAAUGAAGCACCCCUUGAUGUAAAUGACUAUGACGCCCUGUACCAACAUUAUUAUAAUAUCGUUCAAACGUAUGGCCAACUUACCUGCAAAAAGUGUGGGUGUCAGCGCAAAUACGCAAAAUCGUAUAUGAGCCAUGUACAAUCCUGUACUGGUGACUUUUUGGACCCCACGUUCGUUCAAAUCCAAAAAGAAACCCAAGAUAACAAAAUAGUGAAGUGUGGUGUGUGUCAAUUAGAAAUGGAGAACAAGAGAUGGACUACACACAUACAGAGGUUUCAUAAGUACGUAGCGUGGCAAGAAGGUGAAACGCCGUUAGAUACCGAAGAUGAAAAUCAAGUGAACGAACACCUUUAUAAUAUGUCGAAAAAAUAUGACGGGUUGACUUGUGCGAAGUGUAAUGUUACUAAGAAGUAUGUUAAGGUGUUUCUGGCUCACAUCGCGAGUUGUGACGUUGAUGUGGAUGUUAGUGCUCUUCCGGAUUAUGAAACGAAUACAGAUACGUACGAAUGCGCGCUUUGUCAUGAAACUGGGCCAAUUAGUGAAUGGAAAAAGCAUGCCAUGAAGAAGCAUUACAAUGUCGCCUGGAUGGUCGGAGAUGUUCCAAUUGAUUUAAAAAACUUGCCUUGUGUGGAAAAAUAUCUUAAAGAGUACCAAAAGUAUCACAAGAUAUUACGAUGUUUGGAAUGCGGUAUGGUUCGAAUUUCUAUCACGGGAUUUUAUGCUCACGUCAUGUUCUGUGGAAAAACUGAAGAGGAAAAAGACAUGUACAAGAGUUAUUGCGAAAUAUGUAACAACAAAUAUAUAGGCGUGUACAAAGCACAACACAUGAAAGCCCAUCGAGAACAAGAGUAUGCGCAGAUGAACAAACAGAUGAUAGAGGCUAGACAAGAGGCGAUGUUAAACCAGAAACCUGAAGAUGAGGAAACUCCUGGUAAAAGACGAGCUGCUGAAAAGGCUAAGAAUGUCAUCAAGAACAUCACAACAAAGACAGAAGAUAAAGAAAACACUGAUGAUGAUAUAUCAGAUGAUAACUAUGACGAGACUAGAGACGAUACCAGCAGCGAGUCAGAUGAUUCUGUGACAAUCGAGCCGACGUCGGACGAAGAGUCGAUUGACACGGAAAUCGAUUCAGACGUGUCCAACGAUGACAAAAUAGAAGUGAAGAGGAAGAAAAAGUAUGGUGAAUCAUCGUUUGCAACUAUAAACAACAAACGGAUACCUUUUACGGUCUCACAACCUGCUGCAUACAUAAGUGAUAGUGCAAAAGAAUUUUUCAAGACACAUUACACAUCGAGUACUCUAUUCCCUCAAUGGUUGAGCUGCGAAUAUGAAGCAGUACCUGAAGACCAGCUUGCAAAAUAUAUGCCACCGUUAGCGAAGUCCUGUAACGUUAUGUAUUCGACGGACGGUUGGACGACGUACGACCGAUUUGAAGCGAGGAAAGGAAAAGGUCUCAGUUUGUUCGUGGGUGCCAGUAUAAACAAUAUCCGCUGGGUGCCUCCUCGAAGGACCGGUGACAAUACGCCAUAUUUGAGCGUCAACUGUUACAACGGACCGGACGCACCGCGCCUUGAUGUGACACAAACUGUCGAACAUCCCGCCAUGAUACAGAUAUGGGAUUUUCAUGAUAUGUCUGACCUACCGUCAUUCGUUUUUGGGAUAGCACACGAUCUCGGCACAGUGUGGAGUAUGGAUUGGUGUCCUUCUGGGGCAUGUGAAAUAUUAAACGAUGAGAAAACGAAAGGUUUCACAAGGCUAGGAUUAUUGGCCGUAGCCUGUUCUAGUGGGUCCGCUUAUAUCUUCUCAGUUCCUCAUCCAUCGUCGAUAGUUGAAAGUGAUAAAUUGGUGUAUAAGUUGAAACCUGUAGUGGAGUUACGCAUGUGCCGAAGUAAAAAUCAAAAAUUUCAAAGCACUGCUAUUAGCUGGUCCAAUAAUAAAGGUCAUGCGUGUAUUAUAGUGGGAUAUUCUAAUGGAGCUACAGCCAAUUUUGAUUUAAAUACCGACUCUCCGUUGCUUACAUGUGUUGAAGAUGGCGUUACAGUGUUCUAUCCAUUCCACGAUGAGAAAUCGCAUUCGGCUUGUGUGAGCGAUGUGGUAUCGCUGUGCGGUGGAGCUGGAGGUGCAGAAUGGCGCUGGGCGGGCUCGUGCAGUGCUUCAGCGACGGGCACUACUGCAGUACUGGGGACACCUGCAGCAACCGCUGGCACUGCGCACGUGCAGCUCACAGCUACACACGUGGCACGGGAACCGCUCUGGCCGGCCGCUUUGCUCGCUGGGAACAGUGAUAUUGUAUCGCAAGCGAUAAACGAGGUGGACUGGUGGGGGUCGGGGCGGCGGUUCGGGCCCGUGAGCGCGGCGUGCGGCUGCGGGCUCUGCGCGCGGGUCGCCGCCUUCAUACCGCCGCUGCUCAAGACCAUGUUCCUUCACCCCGUGUUCCAUGAUAAGCGGGAGCUGCAAGUACGGAUAAAAAUUGAUAUGGUGCCUCUAAAAGAGAAUAAAGACUCGAAAAAGAAGGCCGAACAACCUUUAAAAUUGGAUUCGUAUGUAUACGAAGAGGUCACGAAAUAUUAUGGAAUUGAAUAUAAAUAUGCCUCAGAUUUGGAUAAGUCGGAUAUCCAACAUCAUUUAAACAAGCCUCGGAAGAAGAGUCCGGAUCAAUUCCCCUUAGCCGAAGUGACGUCUAUGGAAUUCUGUCCAGUGCCCAUAUAUCACAAGAAACUAGCCAUAGCCACGCAUUCUGGUAUGCUUUUCGUUAUAAAUACGUGAUAGUUAAUAAUUUUAUUACAUUUUAACAAAUAUAUAGAGCUUUAAUGUAUUAGAUAGUUAUGGUCUUACCACAAAACAAUUUAAACACAGUCUAACUUUAAACCAGGGAUCUGUCACUUUUGUAGUUGUCUAUGUGAAAUACGACAAAACCAGAUUAAAAAGAACCCGACCUUAAAGUUAAACCCUGUCUAACGUUACAGUCUAACUUUAAACCAGGGAUCUGUCACUUUAAUAGUUGUCUAUGUGAAAUACGACAAAACCAGGUUAAAGAGAACCCGAGCUUAAAGUUAAACCCUGUCUAAAGUAUUUUGUGGUAAGACAGUUAAGGUUUUGUACUCCAGUGUUCCAAAGAUGUUAUUGUAAUAAAUAUUGGCGGAUUGUUUAAUCGAAUGUGUUAAUGAAUUGUAAUUCAUUAUCUUUUUUAUAACUGUUCGUUAAUUAAUCUUCUUAAUAUAUAUAAAUCUCGUGUCACAAUGUUUGUCCUCAAUGGACUCCUAAACCACUUAACCGAUU